UGACGAAAACGCUUGUUUAUAUACAUAAUAUAAUAAUCAGCAUCUUGCUAUAUAUAUAUAUACGCACACAAUUCUUGGUAAGGCGGCGAAUUUUGCCUAUUGGUUCGGGAGAUAUUCCAUAUUUGUCUGUUUGCAGACGUAUAGAUCUGCGCUAGAGUAUUUAAAGAAAGAAAUGUCAAUGAGGUUUCGCAAAAAUGGAAGGACAAGUAUGGCACGAGGAGGAAGUGAAAGCAUCAGCUGCUCAGGCAUGGAAGCUUUAUGGAGGCCUUGAGCUGGCAAAGCUUGCUGAAAUCGUUCUCAAUAAUUUUAUUUCUAGGGUUGAUCUUUUACAUGGUGACGGAGGAGUCGGCACUCUUCUCAAGCUUCAUUUUCUCCCAGGUAGUAUGGGAGAGAUUGAGUACUCAGUAGAGAAGUUCACGAAGAUCGACAAGGAGAAGUACGUGAAAGAAACAGAGGUGACUGAAGGAGGAUAUAUGCAGAUGGGUUGCAGUUUAUACAGAGUUCGGUUCGAAAUCACAGAGAAAGAAAAAGAUUGUUGCAUCAUCAAAUCUACUAUUGAGUAUAAAUUCAAGCCAGAAGCAGCUGUUGAUCCCUCAGUCAUCUCUAUCCAACCAUUUCAGCUUCUUGCUCAAGCUGCCAAUAAUUAUCUCAUUAACAAAUCAAUUACCAACCCUAAUUAAUUAGUUAAAUCUAUCCUUUAAUAAGAAAUUUCUUUUUUUUUUUUU